GUAGCCGAGUCCUGGAGCUUCCAUUUAUCUGUGUGCUCCCAUCAUACACACAUUGCGGAGAUGAAAGCCUUUUUUGGACUUGUAAUGCUCUUGGCAAUGGUAAAUGACAAUGCAGCCACCUGUACUGGAUCCGAUGCAGACCGAGUAUAUUACUGCAAGUCUUUUCAGAAAGAUUACAGUGAAGGCACCAAGACCCUUAUAUUUGAAGAAAGAGAAGUUGGCUUGGUCAAUUCUUCAGUGUUUUCCAGUCCAAACUUGAAGUCUGUUGUUACCCUAACGCUCACAGGAAGUAGAAUUUACACCAUUGAAUCAGGAGCCUUUGAGCACUUCUCAUCACUUAUCACUCUUGAGCUUCAGAAUAACAGGCUGACUACUGUAUUGCCCUCUUGGUUUCGUGAUCCCACAGUCUUGGAGCAGCUCAACUUGGCUGGAAAUUUGAUUCACCAGUUGGGUCCAGGGAUGCUGGAGGAAUAUUCUGGUUUGAAGGUUCUAAAUCUUAGCAGGAAUCAAAUUAGCAGAAUUGAAAGUAAAAGCUUUGCCACCCUGAGUAAACUGUCCUCUCUGGAUUUGUCAUACAAUAAGAUUUCAUCGCUUGAGCGCAAAGGGUUUUCUUCCUUGAACGCCACUUUGAGAUUGCACGGGAAUCCAUGGAAUUGCUCCUGUGGGCAGAAGGAUUUAAUUCUGUUUUUGCAAGAAUUGGUCAAUGCUUCCAAAUUGAAUGACUCCACUUUGGUGACUUGUCACUAUCCACCAGACCUCAACGGUGUGAUUGUGUGGAAUGUAUCGGAAGUGAAUUGUUCUUCAACUGUUUUAUCACCUUCUUCAUCAACGGUUUUUCAUCAAAUUGUAUUACCAGCCCUGUUUGUAGUGUUAGGUGGUCUGUUCUUUUCCCUGAGUAUGUGGAUGAUCAUCUGUUUCUUUAGAAGCCAAUGUAAGAACAAAGUGACAAAUAUGGCUGACUCUAAGUGUAAUUUACAAAGCUCAAUGGAAAAGGAGGAAGGCCAUGGGAUGUCACCAGACAACCACAAUCAAAUAUCUGAAAACCACCCAGAAGAUACAUCAGACAACAGGCCAGUUGGUCUUUUGCAUGAACAUGAUUUAAAAGACAGAGAUAUUGAAAAUCCUGGGAGCAAUUUAGUACUAAGCCAUCAACCUUUCCAUUGUGGAAACCAUAAUACAGAUGAUAAGUUGGAUAGGUCUGUGUAUCCUGGACUCAGGGCUGAUAAAUCCAAAAGCAAAGGUAUUUCCAAAUGUUUAAGUGCUCCAAUUUUGCUCCCGUGUGCUGACAAGUCUUCCAGAGGCACUAUUCUGAAGGCCGAGGAGCCUAUAUGUCCAACAACCACAAAGGUCCACCGAGAUAUUACAGCAUCUCCCACAGAGAAUUCUGUUCAUCAAGCCACAACCGAAGUAAGCUUCAAGCCUAAAUGGCUGACCACCGCAAAAGUCCAUUCAGACCUAGCAAUAAUUCCCGACAAAGAUCCCGCUCAUCUAGAAGCAACAGAACAAACUUGUGAAAUGACAGGCAUCAUGAGUGGAAAUACUGCAAGUAUAUUUCCUGCAGACAAAUGCUACAGUCUUGAACUAAAAUUGAACAAGGAUGAUGAGAUCGACCAAAAAGCAUCUGAGAAAUCUCAGGAGGAUUGUAAGCAUGAAACAGGCCUCAACCUCCAAGACCAAGCCUGGACUCUGUCCACCCCCCACCUUGGACUUCCAAAUUCCUCAAACCAUCAGAUGAACCUUCAGCAUAAGGAGGUGCUCCCACUUUCCAAAGUGAGGGUACAUCUGUUAGCCUUCGUGGACAUUAAAUCAGCCAACACCCCAGAUGCUUGGAUACGGUCUAGUCAGAUACUUUGA